AUCAGGAUCUACAAUGAGGAAAACAAUGUCAGGCACAGGUGUGACUAAACGUUAUAGUGACUAUCCAACACCUAAGAGUAGUGCUGAUGUUAUGAGGAGAAGUACUGGCAAUGUUUCAAAAUGGGCUUCUACUGAUUACAAUGGAGUUAAAAAAGGAACUAAAAAUUAUGAUAAACCAUGGAUGACUAAUAUAAAGAAAGAGCGACCACAAACUUUAACUAAAGGAACAAUGUCUGAAGAACAGAACACUAGACCAGCUCGUAAAACAAAGAAGCAAGACUGGGAUCCUAAAUCUAAGGUCACAAGUCCUACAUUUGAUGAAAUGUUUCAAAGCAAGACAACUAGCAAACCAAGUCAGAAGUCAACAUGGGCAGCUCAGGAUGAUGAAGAGCUUCUGUAUAAGAGUGCAGGAUAUAGAGGAAUACAACGAAGAUCAGAAUAUGAAGAGGAUCCUCUUGCUGGUGAAUUAGUUAUCGCCAAGUCACGUCCACGACAAUCAGAAGAUGAAGGUUACAGUACACCAACAAAUUUGUAAGUUAUGUUUUAUGGAAACACCUCAGU